AGUUACUGAAAAGUGUUUACUUCGUCAGUACGUUAUUUUUGUGUUCAUUUUGUAUUUUUUAAAAUAUUAAAAUGCCUACAACUAUCCUAGCACGUGAAAGACUUUUGAACAUAGCGCAAAUGCGGGAAGAGCGAUUCACUUUAGGGGAAAUAUUUACAAAUUUUGAGGAUAAUUUUAACGCAUUAGUGUGGUACGCGAUGCGGUUACUAAUUAAAAAUAACAUUCUGUGCAAUCUAUGCAAUAAUUAGUAAGAACUUAAUUAAGCGUAAUUCCUUGUCGGACGGAUACAUAUGGAAAUGUAAUGGAUGUGGUCAGCGUACUUCAGUAAGAGAUGGUUCGUUCUUCUCCAAAAGCCUGCUACCGUUGAAGAAAAUGAUAGUCAUCAUUUAUGGCUUUGCAAAUGACUUCCCACAAACCCAGAUCAAGAUUGAAUCUGGGCUUGGAAGUCCCACUAUUGUCGACUGGUGCAAUUUCUGUCGAGAAGUGUGCACCAGAUAUUUGCAAGAGCACCCUGUGGAAAUUAGAGGAUUCGAUGAAAAUGGUCAACCCAUUACGGUAGAAAUUGAUGAAUCCUACUUCUUCCCCAGGAAGUACAAUAGAGGUGCUUAUAGGCCCGGACGCUGGAUUUUUGGUGCUGUGGAGAGGAAUAGUGGCAAAUUAUUCGUGAUACCGGUGGCAGCAAAAAGCGAGGAAAUACUAUUGCCCAUCAUAUUCAGAAUGAUUUUACCGGGGUCAAUAAUUGUUUCCGAUGGAUGGAGGGCGUAUACCAAUAUCGGUCGCUUAGAAGGAGGGGUGUAUGAACAUAGGGUUGUGAUUCAUUAGCAAAAUUUUGUAGACCCUGAUGAUGAUAGUGUUCAUACACAGACCAUUGAAAGUGUGUGGAUGCGAGCAAAAAGAAGCUCCGCAGACAAUGCGGAACUUCUAGAGAUUUGUUCGAAUCAUAUCUGGAAGAAUUUCAAUGGAGAGAGCGGAUAAAAAACAGGGACAGAUUCGUAGAGUUUUUAAUUUGUCUACAAGAACAGUUCGUAGUUUAGUUAAAUUUAAGAUUAGUUUAGUCAGUCGGUAGUAGAAUUUUUAGUUUAGUUUAAUUUAGUUUAGUUUGCUUUUUAGCAGAACAAUUCAUAGUUUAAUUAAAUUUAAAAUCAGUUUAUAUAGUUUAGUUUACACUUUUUAAUUAAGUUGUGUGUAUGUAUGUUUGUGUGUGUGUGUGUGUGUGUGUGUGUGUGUGUGUGUGUGUGUGUGUGAGAGAGAGAGAGAGAAAAAGAGAGUGAGAGAAGAUGAAGAAGCAGGUCAUUUAGCCACAGUUUUUAAAAUUUUUAUUUAUUAAAAGUGCUUACUAGGUACCUUUGAACCUGCUUAAAUUUAUUAUACAUUAUCACAUUUCACAUUCUUUGCGAUUUAUUAUUAAUGUAAUUACUUAGAUCCAAUUACAUAAUGUAUAGGUUGAACGUUUAAAGAAACAGAACUUAUUUUUUCCAACUUUUUUAUAAUGGUUUUGUAAUGUAAUAUUACAUGUGGUUCUAAAUAUUUUGACCAGUAAAUUGAUGUGUCUCUAUUUCUUUUUUAUAUACAAAUCAUAAUAAAAUGCUUUUAUACAAAGCAAAAUACAAUUCUUCAAUUUUUAAUAUAACAUUUUAAAUAGAGUCUUCAUUUCGAAAAACAGUAGGUACAAAGAUUACCAAUUAACGUUGACGAAUAAUCAAAUAAAUCACUAUUCUACUAAUUCACAUAUUUGCACUUGGCACUGUGUAUAAUAUAUUAUGUGACUUUUUAAGCUAAGUUUAUUACAUAUCUAUAAUUUGUAGAUCUUUAUAUUUCUUUUAAUUAAUUAUUAAAUGUUCUGACAGUUUUAUUUAAAUUAUUUAUACUUAUUACAAAUAGCAAUUUUUUUAAUUUCUGCGUUUGUCGGUUUGAUAAAUAAAACACUUUAUUAUCGCGAUAUUUGUCAUUUCAAAUAAGUACUUUAAUUAAUACUAAUACACAUUAUAAUACACAACACUAAAUUUACAUUUGUUACCAGGUUGACGUUUUGUUAUGGAAUUAUAAUAUUAUAUAUUUAUACAAAAAAAUAUAUACCUACCUUUUACCCAUAUAAAUAGCUACCACUUCCAUUUUAGAUAAAUUAUAUUUUUCCUAUAAUAGUACUGUGGACUUUCUGUAUAUCUGUAUAAUAGUACUGUAUAUCUGUAUUUUCAGUUGCAUAUAGUCUGGAGCCUAUAUCACAGCUUUAUUAUUUCUGUGGACUUGUAUAUAUGUGUUUUCAGUUGCAUAUAUUCUGGAGUCUCUUAUUAUCACAGCUUUUUAAUAUUCUUGUCUUAAAUCAAUGUUACAGUUUUUUCGAUUGCUAUAAGUUCAACUGAAAAGAUGCUAUACUAUUAGAUAAUCUGUAAUUAUUUUAUUGGCGACUUUAUUAUUUAUACAAAUCUUAUUUUUAUAUAGAUAAUAAUAAAUAAAGUAUAUAGUAAAAUCUUAAAACAGCAGAAUUUUACUUACUUUGCACUUUAUUUUACAAAUUUUAUUUUCAUAUAGAUUAUAAUAAACAAAAAAUAUAUAGUAAAAUCUUAAAGCAGCAGAAUUUUACUUAUUUUACACUUUUUAACUUUAUUAUUGAUACUAAAAUCUUGGUAUUUCGAGAUAAUUAGAAAACAUUAAAAAUUAAAAAUUUAAAAUUUUUUGUCGUUAUUUUAUCUACAUAUGUAGUUAAUGUUUUACAUUUAUUGUCAAUAAAUAAAUUAAUAAAAACAUAUCACAUGCUCUUUCCCAAUUUAUUCUAAGAACACAUUACAACACUGUUAGGCCUUCAUUUCCUUGUAUCUGUAGCUAACUUCUCAGACCCCGCAAUUUAAUGAAGUCCCAUUUUUCAAUUUCAAGGAAUAUAAAUUUAAUAAUAUAUAAAUAUAUUUAUUAAAAUAUCCAAGGCCAGAAUCAGAGAGAAAAAAAACUUCAUUGUGACACAUUAUUGGACUGUGUGCGGCUUAAUUUUGGGCUGAAAAACGUAUUACAUUUUUACAAAAUUUUGGAAUAUGUUUAAUUCGUAGAACAAUUUUAACAGUUGUUUUCAAUACAGAUUUCAAUCUUCUACAAAUAGUUUCUAAUGUCUUUUGAUGUAAAAUAAUUAGGGAAGCAGGAAUUCAACAGUUUAGAAUUUUACAUUGGGUUUCCUAUGGCCCGUUUUCCAAUUCACCACCCGGUAUAUUUACGAAUAUAUUUCUUCUUUAGCCUGCCGUAUUACUUUUCACUUUCACUAAUAGAUUUUUGUACUUUAGAGGAAGGAAAUUUGAUAAAGGUAAGAAAAUAACACUCGACUCAUAAUUUGUACAGGAUAUAAUAUGUACAGAAGUUUAUUUACAAUGUUAAAAUACCUUACAUCUUAUUUACAUUGUUUUUCAAAUGGAGAGGAUAUAACAUUAGUGAUAUUGCGCACAAACCUACUAAAAAUAUACAAACUACAUUCUAAGUUAUACUUUUUUCUUGAAUAGGAACAUACUGUUGUCUUUUCCUAUUUCGAACAGAAUAUGCACCUGUUUCAACUACAGAACUACUAACUCACACUUACUAAAAUUAAGACUAAACUGGUGCAUAACCAUCGAGAAAUGAAGGAUUAUAAGUAUCUAAACCAUAAACAAACAUUUUUGAAGAAUUAGAUUACACAAAUAUAAGAAAUGUUUUAUUUAAUACUAUUUUUUUAUCAAAAAAACUUUAAUACCAAUAUAAACGUAAAACAUUGAAAAUAUAUCAUGCAUUUCUUCAAUAAAAAUUUCAUUACAGCGACAAAAGUAACGGUAUUUACAGAAUGUCAUAAAAAACUACAGGUUAUCAAAUACAAAAAAAAAGAAUGUGUGUGUACUUUGUGCGCACGUAAGAAGUUAUACUUCAAAAUGUACUUAAAACAGUUUAUUUGUAUUUUAUUUCAUUAUUAAACUAAUUUUGAUACUACCACUUUCAAAAAAUUUUUAUUAAAACAAUACCAAAAAUAAAAAAAAAAAGGAAAAAGAAUCGUCCGUGUCCGGAUUUGAACCCGGGACCUCCGCGAUCUGUAGUCGAAUGCUCUACCAAUACC